AUGGAAAUGGCAGGCAACGAGUUAUCAUCUCCACAGGAGGCUUCAGAGUAUCGCCCGUUAGGUGGCGGUGCAGGUGAAAUACAACUUGAUCAGGGCGGUUCGCCAAGUUCAUCUUGCAAUAGCACAACUACCACCAAUACAACCACAAAGUCUCACACAUUCUCUGUCCCAAACCAAAGUAGCCACUUAUCGGCUCACUACCCAGAAGACGAAAGUGCCAAAACUGCUGCUGCUGUAGCCGCGGCAGCAUGUAUCGGUGCCAUAUUUUCACAACCAAUCGGUACCAGAAGUUCUUCACCUUCUUCUAUGGCCGCUAUGCUGGGCGAUUUUAUGUGUCGUAACCAUCGCGCUUUGGUGCAGAACUCACAAUCCUUAGUCGAACCUCGGGAAACUGGACGGCUGAGUAACGCUCAAGAUUGUUUGACAUCCGACGUUUUUAGCGGUGCUACUGACAACAAAGUUGACAGUCCGCGGGGUAAUAAUUCUGCCCCAGAUGGGGAUUCGUCUAUGGUUUCUCGAGAUAUGUCAUCCAGUGCGACAGAACGAAUCAUUAAUGAUGCCGUUUCCGCCUCACAACUGUGUUCUGAAGCUCAAAUAUCCAACUGCUUGUCAUACCCUCCCAAAUCGAAUUCUUGGUCAAGCGUGGCCACAACAGUCGCAUCCGCGGCACAUGCAGUCGCUGCAGCAGCGGUCGCAGCCACCGCGGCGGUUACCGGAUCCGCUAAAUUCUUUCACAUGUCCAAGCAACAGUUGAAGUUGCCCCCUCGGUCAACAGCCGCUGCUUGUUUAUCGGUGAACAAAUCUCAUGCAACCGCUGCUAGUCCCUUGAAUGAGGUGUGUGCCGAAACCGCUCGAACACAGUCACAAUCUUCGGUUGGUUCUACAACGGCACCAGUUCUAUCAAACCCGCCACUGUCUGAGCCAAAUGAGCGAACCGGUCUUUCUCCGAAUACGGCAGUUACAAUGACUAGUGCAGCGGCAGCUGCUGCCAUGGUGGCUGCAGCAGCAAGUGCUGCUGCCAAACAACAAAUGAUUUCUGAAGUAAGUUUUCAUGUUUUAUUUCUUUGUCCAUUUCAUUUUUUAUCACUUUUCGUACCUUGA